CGCAUGUUUUUAAAAUGGGCUUUUGGGAUCCUCAUGUGGCCCAUAUUUUUAAUCGACAUCAUUCUCAGACCGGUGGUGUGACAGAAGCAAGUAUUCGAUAGCAGAAAUGGCAAUAGCUGCGGCCACUAGAUCGAUUUUCCGGUCGUCGGCGGCGGCUCGUGGAGCCGCCUCGAGGAUUGCGUCGGAGGCCAAAGCUGCUCGCGCCCCUUUCCGCGCCGCAUCUAGAAGAAGCCUUCUGGCUCCGCGCAUCUUCAGGUGUCCGGCGGAGCUGAGCGCUUGCGUGGAGUCGCUGCAGCCGUAUCACACCGCCACUGCUUCCGCCUUGAUGACGUCGAUGCUUACGGUUGCUCCCCGCAGCUUUGGUUGGCUUUCAGAAGGUAUCUAGCAACACCUCUAGGGUCCUCCUUUUCCUCAUAAAACAACUGUUGGGGUUGACAAGACUAGAUGAAGAGGGACAAGCAAAGAUGGCUGACUUGGAUUUCUUUGUGUUUCAAAGCCCCAAAUUUUAGUAGAAAAAUGAAGUUUAGAUGUUGGACUUGUUUCAAAAGUUGGAGUUUCUGUAGAAAAUAUAAAUUUUACUUGUUGAGAUUUCAAAGAUGAAAGGAGACUAAGUAAAUAGGAGUACAGUAA